AUGGGGGACCUUUCUGCAGAAAGAGUUACAUCUAGUUCAGCAUUUUUAAAUGCAGGAAUUGAUUUAUGUGGACCGUUCGAAAUUAAAUACAAGGGACAGAGAAAGGGUACUCUUCGAAAAAUAUAUGUUGCUUUAUUUAUAUGUAUGGCGACCAAAGCUGUACAUAUAGAGUUUGUCUCGGAUUUAACGUCCGAAGCUCUAAUCGCAACCUUAAAAAGAUUUUUUGCGCGUCGUGGCAGAAGCUCCCUGGUUUUUAGCGACAACGCGACUAAUUUUACAGGUGCUUCCGCAGAACUUAAACGCUUAUACAAACUAAUGUUAAGCAGCGAAGACGUUUCGAAUAUGCUUUCCUCCGAAGGCAUCAGAUGGAAAUUUUUGCCUCCUAGGGCUCCUGGCGAUCUUUGGGAUGCAGGAGUGAAAUCUUUUAAAUACCCUUUCAAGAGAGUGGUAGGCUUCGCAAGACUAACGCUUGAAGAGUUUUUGACAGUAAUCACUCAAAUAGAGGGUAUCCUCAAUUCGCGACCUCUCACUUCUCUACCAACUGAUACUGACGAAUUUCAAGUUUUAACACCGGGUCAUUUCCUUAUAGGAAAACCUAUAAAUUCGAUACCAGAACCUAACUUCAUCGACAAAAGAGACAAUCUUCUAAAUAGAUGGCAAAGGGUUCAAAAAAUAGUUCAAACUAUUUGGAGACAUUGGCAAAACAGUUAUUUGAGCCAUUGGCAACAACGCUCAAAGUGGCUGCUCAAAAAGCAAAAUUAA